AUGCUAUAAUUUAGUUAGUUGUACUAACAUCAGGAGAAGUAUCAAAAACCUAGUUUAUAGCUAACAUAGCAUAAAAGAUUUGAGUCUCAACCACUUCAUUUAAUUUCUCCAGUGAAAAGCCUUCAGUAAGAUUAAUAAGUAUAGGAACUAACUAGGAUUAGAGAGAAAUUAGAAUAUUAUAAUGAAAGUAAUCGUAAAAAGCCUUUCGAACAAGUUAUUGAAGAGAUGGAUUUUAAAUACAGAAAUCAACCUAUUCAUUUAGAUCCUACUUAAACAACAUUGAAUGAAAUUGAUAGAUUACAUAAUGAUUAUAUGAAUACAGGUAUGCGAGAUCCAAUUUAUUUGAACAGUCUUUAAAAAUUAAGACAUGAUUUUCUAAAGUAAUCAUAACCGAUAGGAUAUUACAUACGUCCACCUAUUCAACAAGUGUAUAAUCCUUCUUCUAAGAAUCAUCCAAUAAAUGAAUACUAACCAACAAGUAUUAAGAGAGAAUUGCAUCAAUAAAAUUCUUUACCUAUAUUGUAACACAACAGACACAAGACAGAAUUAUCAGGAAGUAUUAAUGAUUAGUUGCUAAAUUAUAUGAGAAAUGAAGAAAAUGUGGCUAUUAGACAAGUAUCUAUGGAUAGAUUGUCUAAUAUUCAAAUGGUUAAAACUUCUAUUGAAAAUGAAGUUGUUAGGGAACGAAUUAAUAAAAUGGCUCAAGAAAUGACAAUGAAAAGAUAAAGAAGAUAUGAAUAACCUGAAGAAAUUGCUGUUCCUUAUAGUCAUUUAGAAGGAUUAACGAUUCAGUGGGAUAUCAUUUCAAAAUUGCCUAUUUAAUAUAUUAAAACCAGAUUAUCUUUUGGAAUAUUUUAAUAAUCAGAAGAAUACCAUGCUUAUAAAUUAACUAGUGAUUAUUUCACUUAACCAGAGACUUUUAGAACAAAUAAAUGUAUAUUCAAUUAAAUAGAAUAAAUGAGAGAUAUUUCUGCAGAUGAUAAGACAAUACUCUACAUUGAAAUAUGGGUAUUUGAAAGUGAUGGUACUCUAUCAAUGCUUGGUUGGACUAUUUUUAAAUUGUUUGAUAGAACUGGAUCAUUAUACAUAGGUAAAUUUAAAUUACCUUUCUAUUAACAAUAAUAUAAACCUCGUGAACUUUUAGAGUUAAACAAAGAGUAUCCUUAUUAUGGAAAUUUAUUUUUAUACUUUCGAAUAUUAUAAUAACCCUCUCAUAUAGAUGAAAUUAUCUUUGUUGAAGGCGAUUAUCAUAUUCCAUAUUAUCAUAUUCAUAAAGAAUCUAAAAUUAUAAGGUCAGAAGUAAGAGAUUAAAUAAAACUCUAAAAAGAAUUUGCUUAGGCUUUUGCUUAUGACAAGCCUUUAAGGGAAAGAGAGCCACAGUUAUUUGGAGAUUUACCAUUGUCUCCUUCAAAAAAAAAAAGUUCAAUAAAACCUAAUUUUUAAAUAGCAGAUGAUGAAUACUUUGGAGAUGAAAAACAAUAGGAAUCACCUACAACAAGUAUCUAAUAAAAACAUUAAGUAAAAAGUCGAUUCAGUAGGAAAAUGGAAAGUUUGGAUCAUUUACCUACUUAAGAGAAAUAUAGUUAAUAAUCUAGUGACGCUAUAAUCAAACUUGAAUCUAUAAAACAUUUUGAUAAUGGAUCAUAAAGGGGAUCCAAUAAAAAUAUUAGAAUAUAAUUGAUUAAUGAAGAUUAAGCUGAAAAUAAAAGAGAUGUAGAUAUAAAAGAGUAGACAAAAAGAGCUAAUGGAGACAAUACAAUUAGAGGAGGAGAUAGAACAAUUAGAGGAGGAGAUAAAACUAAUAGAGGAGGUUAAACAAAUAGACAUCUUAUACAAUUAUAAUAGUAAGAUGGAUUUUCUAAUCAAAUUACGAAUGUGAAGUACUUUAAUAGAUUGAAACGUAAAUUAAAAGCUAUUUAAGGAGGAGAUUAAACAGUAAGAUCUUCAAAAAAUAUUGAUAUUCCAUAAGAAGUAGAUUUGGGCACCACUAAGAAUAAGGUUGUAAUAAGUGGAGCAGGGAUUGUAAUAAUUGAUAUUUUAAAGUUGAAUAAUUUGGAUGCUAAAAAAUAUAAUGAAUUAAAAUUAAAAAUUGGAUUCUUUAUUAAUGAUAUUAUAUUAAAGAAUGAAAAUGAUACAGAUUGUGUGAUGACAUAAAAUUUAAUACCUAAUGAGGUUACUGAUAAAUCUUUAAAGUAUAAUUUACAUGCUGAAUUCUCUUUAGACUAUGCUAAUAUAUUAUCUAUAUUAGAAUAGGAAGGGUUUAGUACUAAGGAAGCCUAUGUUUAUAUUGCUAUCUAUUAGAAUAAUGCUUUAUUAGGAUGGUAUGUGGGUUAAUUAUUUAAAGAUACAGAAGAUCUACAAAAUUUAUAAAUUGAUUCAGGAUUGUUUUAAAUAAAUUUAAUUAAACCACCUGGUUAGUAAGCUCCAUUUCAUCAAAAAGAUAUGGUAAAGAGCAAUAUUUAGUUAGAUUUUGUAUUGAUGAGUAAAAAAGAAUAACUUAAGAAUUUACCAACUAUAAAUAAAUAUGAGAUUUAGGAAGAGGAUAGAGUGAAAAAUGUAGAGAAUUCAGAGUGGAAUACAUAAAUUAUUAUUUAAUUAUUAUAAACAUAUAAUUUUGUAUCCAAAGAUGAAUUAUAGAUUACAAUUUCUAUAUAAUCUGAGUAAAAGGUUAUUGAAGAUGUUUUAUAAAGAUAAUGUUAGGUGAUAGAUGAUUUGGACAUAUUUUAAAGUGAUUCAAAAAAUAUAUAUAAUUCUCAUUAUUACACAACAUUUAGAGUGGGAAGGAAAUAUUUAUAAGAUAAAUUUUUAAAAUAUGAUCUAUUAAAUUAUGUGUUUAUGAUACAUUAAAAUAAUUAGUUUAUGGGAAUAGCUUAACUGAAUGUUUUUAAGAAGACAUUAAUUUAGACUGGUGAAUUUCGGUUGAAUUUAUACACAAUAAACAAUAAAAAACUAAGUUUUGAGAUAAAACUAUUAAUAAAAGAAGUACCAUUAUAAUUAGAUAUUUAUGAAAGAACUCCAAGUUAUCGAAUGAGUAAAUCUAAAGGUGGGUAUACGCAGUAAGAAGAGAUUGAUGAAAUUAAAGAGAAAGAGUAAAAAAAGUUAUCAAAUGUAUUUCGAUACCUACCUAUAACAAUUUAGAUUUAGGAAGUGGAGUUAAAAAAUAGGAAAGUAGUUUUGAAGAUUUUGAAGAAUAAUGAAAUAGUAAAGUAGCAGAAUGAGGAUGAUUGUAUUUAGGAGAUGAUAGUACCAAAUUCUGCAGUUUUUUAAAUAGAUAUGGAAGAUAUGUUGAAAUGUAAGGAAGGAUAUUAUGUAAUGAUUGAAGUUUAUGAUGAUGUUUUGACAGGUUGGUUUGCAAUGAAUAUGGUGUUUAAUAAGAAGUUGUAUACAACAAAAUUGUUUACAGAAUUAUACAAGAGUCCUAGAUUGUAGACACCUUUAGAUUAUAAGUUGAUAAAGAAGAUGAAAGAGAAGAUAGAAUUAUAGAUGCAUUAAGGAGAUGUAAGAACAGAUAUAAGAAAGUUGAAUCAGAAGUAGAAGACAGGAUUAGACAUUCAUAUUCAUUAAAUAUCUAAUUUGCCUAAUAAUGGAGAUAAUUAAAUAGUAAUUCAAAUGAUAAAUGAUGGGAAGGUGAUUUAGGAUAAAUUGUUAAAAUUGUGUUAAAUAAAAUAAAACAUGAGUAUAGUGAAUGGUUAUAUAAGAGAUUUAAGUUUUAAUUUUAAUUUGAAUAAAGGAGAUGUACCUAAAAAUAGUUAAUUGGGAAUAUAUAUAAGUUAAGAGAAAGUAGAAUUGAGAUGGUGUAUAAUAUCUUUGUAUAGUUUGGGAAAGUUGAAAGAAGGGAAGGUAGAGAAGAAAAUGUUUAUGGGUCCAUUUGAUAAAACUAAUAAGGUAUCAAAUACUGAUAUUAGUUUGGAAAUAGAGUGAAAAAAAGAGUAGAGUUUGAAAAAUAAAUUGAAUAUAUUGUAAUUGAAUAAAAAUUUAAUUUUAAAUUAUAAUUUAUGGGCAGAGAUUUCAGAGGUGGAAGAGGAGAUACACGAGGAGGUGGAAGAGGAGGAGAUAGAGGAAGAGGAGCUCCUAGAGGCAGAGGAGGUGCAAGAGGUGGAAGAGGAGGUCGUAUGGGUGGAGCUCCAAAAGCCUUUGUUGUUCCUCAUCCAAGAUUAGCUGGAGUCUUUGUCGCUAAGGGAUAAUAAGAAGCUUUGGUUACUAAGAAUAUGGUACCAGGCGAAUCAGUUUAUAAUGAGAAAAGGAUUUCUGUAGAAGAUAAAUAAACUGGAGAAAAAGUAGAAUACAGAGUUUGGAAUCCAUUCAGAUCUAAGAUUGCAGCUGGUAUCAUUGGGGGAGUGAGUGAUAUUUUCAUUAAACCAGGCGCUAAAGUCUUAUAUUUAGGAGCUGCUUCAGGAACCACAGUUUCUCAUGUUUCAGAUAUUGUUGGAUCAGAAGGUACAUAAUAUAUAUAAUAUAUAAUAGGUGUCGUUUAUGCUGUUGAGUUCUCUCAUAGAUCAGGUAGAGAUCUUGUUAAUAUGGCUAAAAAACGAACAAAUAUAGUUCCUAUCAUUGCUGAUGCCAGAAAACCUCUUGAGUAUAGGAUGCUAGUCGGAAUGGUUGAUGUAGUAUUUGCUGAUGUAGCUUAACCAGAUCAAGCCAGAAUUGUUGGUUUAAACUCCCAAUAUUUCUUAAAGAAGGGUGGUCAUUUCAUGAUCUCCAUUAAAGCCAAUUGCAUUGAUUCCACUAAUAGAGCUGAAGUCGUAUUUUAACAUGAANUUUUUAAAUAGAUAUGGAAGAUAUGUUGA